AAAGAGGAUUCACGCUUUUCUCCUUUUGCAGCAGAGAUCACUCUGGAUCCAGACACAGCCAACGCGUAUCUAGUCUUGACUCAGGAUCUGAAAAGUGUGAGAUAUGGAGGAAGCAGACAGCAGUUACCUGACAACCCAGAAAGAUUUGACCAGUCCGCAACUGUGUUGGGAGCUCAGAUCUUCACCAGUGGGAGACACUAUUGGGAAGUGGAAGUGGGAAACAAGACAGAGUAAGUGGGCAUCUGUAAGGACUCUGUGAGCAGAAAAGGGAAUCUUCCCAAACCCCCUGGGGACCUCUUCUCACUUAUAGGGUUAAAAAUUGGAGAGGAUUAUAGUCUGUGGGUCUCAUCACCUCUGAAAGGGCAGCAUGUCCAAGAGCCUGUGCAUAAGGUUGGCGUCUUCUUGGACUAUGAAUGUGGACAUAUAGCAUUUUACAAUGUGACAGACAAGUCCCUCAUCUACAGUUUUCCUCCAGUUUCUUUCCAAGAUGCACUCAGGCCUAUCUUUUCCCCUUGCCUCCCAAAUGAAGGGACAAAUACAAACCCUCUUACCAUCUGCUCCCUGAAUAGCCACAACUGAGGGACAUGUGCCCAGGCCUCUGCUGAGGAGGAGGUCCAGGAUCAGCAGAUGACUGUUCAUUAAGAUGAUGAGUGCAUUGCAGAUCUUCAUAUCGGGUUAACUGAAAGAAUUCUCCCUUCCCCCAAGACUCUCCAUGAAUCUGAGCCCACAGCGAAAACCCAACUAGAAAAUGAAGUUCAACAUCAAUAAGAUAAACCUGAUCAUAUCCUGGGUCUCUAACCAAACUCUCCAUCUAGACUGCUGCAUGUAUUUGUGGAUCACUCCAAAUGUACACCUAGAAAUCGCCCCUAUUAUCUUGAA